UGGGUGGAUCUUAACAACCGAGGGCUGUCGGGGACAAUCCCUCCGCAGCUGGGCGACAUCUCGCAGCUGGUGUAUCUUUACCUGAACGGCAACUCCAUCUCGGGCACCAUCCCUUCGGAUACAGGCAAGCUCUCGCAGCUGCAGGAGCUUGGUCUGUACAACAAUGACAUCUCCGGAACCGUGCCGUCGCAGCUCAACGACCUGCCGCUGACGAAG